CACUGCGGCCGUCAGCACGCAGUUAUACGCCGGGGUCUGUUAGCGCUGUGGCCAGCAGACCUGUAUCAUACAGGAAUGCAGGGAUGCUGAGAGGCCGGCGUGUGGAAUGCGCGCGUUGUCACAGCGACAGAGCAGCUUGGAUACAGAGCGUCACAGAGAGCGUGAACGCGCAUAAGAGAGAGAGAGAGAGCGAAAGAGAUGGGCAAUCAAAAACCUCACAGCAUCUCUCUCAUUGCAAAGGCGCCCGGAAUCUCGGGGAAACGACAGCGGAGCCGGUGAGCACCAUGACCGCGUUCAGUAGCUGGAAUCAGACGCUCGAGAUGCCGAUAGAUUAGAGACUUCACCGCUAAAGUCAGCGCGUAAAAUCGCCGUUUGAAACGAAAUAUAUCAAGUCUAAUACGUUUAAACGGGAAGAGACUGUUGAUUAGACUCAUAAGAGGGGAAAACAGGUCAUAGAAGUGAAUUCGUGCUUGUUGUUUCGUUUUUCCCCAUUCGCGCUAUGAUGGGAGAAGCUGGCGGUCGUUUCCAAACAAGCUUUUCAACGGACAAAUCCAACUAGACUUCAUUUGCGCAGACGUUCUGUUGAUAACAGUUCCUCACUUCUGAAAUCGUUUCCUCUGAAGCUGUCUUACGUCUGGGUGUUGUCGGGAGAAACCGUGAAACAUUUCCUGCUGUUCUUGGGCAACGGAGAAUCUUUUGGUUUAUUCCGAGCUCAGGCUGAUGGAAUUGCGCUGAGCCGCGACUGAGAAAAAGAGGAAAUACCCACAGAUCUCCAAUAUACAGACCUCGGAUUUCUGCCUGCGGCUCAUUCCCAGGAUCAGCAAUCAUCUGCGUGACCUCUUUAACUGACCCCAUGAGGACGGCUGUGGGAGAUGGAACGUAACAGACUUCCCUCUUUUAUUCUCUGCGGCAUUACCACGAUAACCCACCAGGGCUGAACACAACCUCAGCCCCUUGUCCACCCCAACCCUUCCACAAUCCCCCCAUUCCUGUCCUCCCUCUUGCUCCCCACAAGACCAAAACAAACCAGCAGGACCACUUUUUCUUAUUCUGUUGUAAUAGUUUAACUUUCCUUUGCCCUUCACCCGUGACCAAGCGAAGAGGAAGUCAAUAAACCAGCGAAGUGAAGAAGGAAAGAACAAGACAGUCAUGUAUCUGCCCCAUGCCUGUAAACGUGAUUUGGGCCAUGCCCGCAAUUCGGAGGCCACCCACGCAAUUACACUCCUCUGGUUGGCACUGUGGAUCACUUUGGCAUCGUGUCAGCGCAUUGAUCCUGGCUCCAAAUAUCCCACCGUCACCACAAACUACGGCAAGUUACGCGGGAUUAAAAAAGAGCUUAACAACGAGAUUCUGGGUCCCGUGGAACAGUACCUUGGCGUCCCCUAUGCCACGGCGCCAAUCGGAGACCGUCGUUUUCAGCCACCGGAAGCUCCCGGGUCUUGGCAGGAAGUGCGUAACGCUACACAGUUCGCCCCUGUUUGCCCGCAGAACGUGCACGGUGUUUUGCCCGAGAUCAUGCUGCCUGUGUGGUUUACUGACAACUUGGACGUUGCCGCCACCUACAUUCAGAAUCAGAGCGAAGACUGUCUCUACCUCAACGUCUAUGUGCCCACAGAGGAUGGUCCACUCACAAAAAAACACGAUGAAUCAACACUGAACCGGCCACGAGACGAAGACAUCCGUGACCGCAGGAAGAAACCAGUCAUGCUGUUCAUUCACGGCGGCUCUUAUAUGGAAGGAACCGGAAACAUGUUUGACGCCAGUGUGCUUGCAGCAUAUGGGAAUGUCAUUGUAGUCACCAUGAACUAUAGGCUGGGAGUUCUGGGUUUUCUUAGCACUGGAGAUCAGUCUGCUAAAGGGAACUAUGGCCUGUUGGAUCAAAUCCAGGCCUUGCGUUGGCUGAAUGAGAAUAUUGGACACUUUGGUGGCGACCCUGAACGGAUCACUAUCUUUGGCUCUGGGGCAGGAGCAUCUUGUGUCAAUCUACUCAUCCUGUCCCACCACUCUGAGGGCCUGUUUCAGAGAGCCAUUGCUCAGAGUGGUUCAGCCAUCUCCAGCUGGUCCAUUAGCUACCAGCCCUUGAAGUACACUAAGAUUCUGGCCCGUAAAGUUGGAUGCACAUAUGGGGAGACCGCAGACCUGGUGGACUGUCUCCGCAGGAAAAAUUUCAGAGAGUUAGUGGAUCAGGACAUCCAGCCGGCCCGCUACCAUAUUGCAUUUGGACCUGUGAUGGACGGAGACGUUGUGCCAGAUGACCCCGAGAUCCUGAUGCAGCAGGGGGAGUUCUUGAACUACGACCUUCUAAUUGGUGUCAAUCAAGGGGAAGGGCUGAAGUUUGUGGAUGAUGGGGGUACUGAGAGUGAAGAAGGGAUUUCUGCUGCAGCUUUUGACUACACCAUCUCCAACUUUGUGGAUAACCUCUAUGGAUAUCCUAAAGGUAAAGACAUCUUGAGGGAGACUAUUAAGUUCAUGUACACAGACUGGGCAGACCGAGACAACGGGGAAAUGCGGCGCAAGACUCUCCUGGCACUAUUUACUGAUCACCAGUGGGUGGCGCCAGCCGUCGCUACUGCCAAGCUCCACGCAGAGUACCAGUCUCCUGUCUACUUCUACACAUUCUACCACCACUGUCAAACAGAGACUCGACCUGAAUGGGCAGACGCUGCACACGGGGAUGAGAUACCAUAUGUGUUUGGUGUUCCCAUGAUUGGAGCAACAGACCUCUUCCCUUGCAACUUUUCCAAAAAUGAUGUCAUGCUUAGUGCUGUGGUGAUGACAUACUGGACCAACUUUGCCAAAACCGGAGAUCCCAACCUACCUGUUCCUCAAGACACCAAGUUCAUCCACACCAAGCCCAACCGCUUUGAGGAAGUGAUCUGGACCAAGUUCAACUCCAAAGACAAGCAGUAUCUCCACAUCGGUCUGAAACCUCGCAUCCGGGACAACUACCGAGCAAAUAAGGUUGCCUUCUGGCUAGAACUGGUUCCUCACCUCCACAACCUUCACGAGGAGGUCUUCAGCACCGCCGCAACCAGGCUGCCACCAGGGACCGCCCGUACUCCACACUGGAAGGGUCAGGGACCCCGUACGACACGCCAUCCCAUCCCAACCUUCCCUACAGAACAGGACCCAGAUGGCUCAGAGCCCCCUCGAUUCCCUCCCUUCCCAAGCGACACCCGGGACUACUCGACGGAGCUGAGCGUGACGGUAGCUGUUGGCGCAUCGCUCCUCUUCCUUAACAUCCUUGCCUUCGCCGCACUGUACUACAAACGCGACAAACGGCACGAGGUGCGACGGCACCGGUUAUCGCCACAACGAGGCGUACCUGCUAAUGACUUAGCACACAGCCAAGAAGAAGAGAUCAUGUCCCUGCAAAUGAAGCACUCGGAGCACGACGCCCACCACGAUAUGGAGCCGUUGCGACCGCAUGAUAUUUUACGCCCCGCAUGCCCACCCGACUACACCUUGGCAUUGAGGCGAGCGCCCGACGAUGUUCCGCUCAUGACCCCUAACACUAUCACCAUGAUUCCUAGCACCAUCACUGGCAUGCAACCCCUCCAUGCCUUCAACACCUUUCCUACAACCACCGGCCACAACAACACCUUACCCCACCCUCAUUCCACCACCCGUGUAUAGUAGCGCCCACCGAACGAGAGGACUAGCUCUCAUACAUAUCCAGUUUUCUCUCUCUGUCCACCUUUUCAAGCUCCUAAACUUAAGAUGCUCUCAGCUCUGCUGCCUAGAACAGCGACGGCGCAUCCCGUUGGCGUUCUCAUAGACACAAUCAGAGGUUUCAUAGAAGUUGUACACACUAGAGGAGCUCUGUUUAUAGACUCUACGUGAGCAACAGAUUCGGUCGGCAGUGACAAGUCAUCAGCCUCGUUCUGGAUUUAACUUGCUGUUUGUUUUUUUCACAUUGUUCUUGGGGCGUCAAUGAUUGACUAAGCUGAUUUGAUGUCAUCCGGAGAGGAAAUGAUGACAUUUUCCCACUUUUCCUCUCUCACUAAAUUGGCAGAGUGCAGAUUUCAUCCGUCCUUUUUAUCAUCCUUCUUUGUUACUCCAUUUCCAGCCCAUCGCUCUCUGUCCGAAUGUGAUCUGUGUCCUUGGAUUAUGUUUUACAUGAAUCAUAGGGGCAUUCGAUAAAAGGCGGAAGCUGGAUAUAUUGUGUUUACCUGCAGUCUUGUGUCAAGUAUUAAAUCAUACCUUGUAACAAGAGACGCAGAGAAUGAGAGAAAACGACAGCGUCUGACAUAAGACAAAAACAAAAGUGCCAACCUCCUCUCUUUUUCUCUCGCUCUCGCUCUGCUCUGUGCGUGUCAUUUCAUCACACAUAUUUGACUUGGCUACGUGUUGUUUCUUAGGAAGAUUUUUGUAUGUAUAAAUAUAAAGACAAAUAUAUAAAAGAAUGAUAUAAAUAUAUAUUUACAUGGAUUGCUCGGUGGGAUCUAUGCAUGAAAUAUUUUAAAGCACCAAGAAGGACACUGAGCUGUAAACUCCCACAGCUUAUUUGCAUUUUUUUUUUUUGUUAAGUUUGCUUGCUUAAAAAGCCUACAAAAACUUCUCCACAGCGUUGUUUUCAUCAGCAUUAGUCCAAAUGUAACAUCCUUCUCAGUCUGACCACUCUAUCUAGAAAGAGCUAUUGGCAAUAUUCUUUUAAAUGCUUUUUAACAUUCAUAUGCAGUUGUUGGUGCUAUUAUUUGACCGUCAACCAUGUAGUGCUCUACCAGAGCCAUCUGUGAUGGUCCGGACAGUUGCAUAAAUACAGCAAAUAGCAAUGCACAUGUAGCUUUGCAUAUCUUUCAUCGGCCUCUGACGGAUAUUCAGCUUUUAUUUUUCAAAUGCUCUUACACCUCAGCCCAGCUUUCUCUCUCUGUGGCCUCUCUCGUUCUAUCUCUGUCCUUGCUCUUUCAGUUAAACAUCAUUUGGUUUUGACAACCAAUUUUAAUAAGCAUCUUUUUGUGUAUUUGUGUGUGCACACAUAAAGAGUGUGUUUUCUAGGCAAUAGCUAGGUGCCCUGUACAUUUGUGUUAACGUGAAUGUGUAAGGUAACAGAAUAUGUGACAGAGAGGCAUAACGAGAGAGAGAAACGUACAGUAGACAUUCUUAUGACACAAAAAUAAUCUGUGGCGCUCUGCCACUCGGGAAGGAAAACCUACAUGGCCUAAGGCCAUUUUCCAUACAAAAUAGUUAGGAAGAGGCUGGAAACACUAAUAUCAGUUUGAUGUGUUUACCCACAUCUCUACAUAUCUCACAUCUGUCUGCACUGCACACUUGACCUUUUUGGUUAUGACAAGCACAGCAACUAGUGGUGGAGGUAAACCAGAUCUAUAUAUAGACAAAUUUUACAGAUUGUUUCAUGUUCAGGUUAAAGAACGAAUGGCUCAGAAUCACUGGACAGUAACUGCAGGAAUGAAACGAUCACUUGUGUUCUGUUCAUGCCUUGUUAGUCACAUUUUUCUGCCGAUGCCGAGUGUCACGGGAGGAUGACGGUUUGUGUCCCACUGUUGGUUCAGUUUGCCAGUGUAUUGAGUCCGGGAUGCCCAGGACCAUCACGAUGGAGCGAGAACUAACGCCAGUAUGCUGCACAAUAUACUAAAACAUGAACAGACUCUAAAUGCGUUGCUGAGCAAACAUGCUGGAGGUUCAGUACGAACGUUAUUCUGCGGUGUGGACUGAAAACAACUGGACAAUAAACAAACUUCAGUUGCAGGUACAUUCUGGAGAUCUGAAAGUGUAGGUUGGACCUGUGGAUAUGUACCAUCUGUGGACUUUUGUGUGGUUGUAGGUAUAACUGAACUCCAUUUUAAACAAACUAUGAGAAGUUGACUAGAGCUGCGUACAAACAACCUCAGUUCUAAUAUUCAAUACUGUUUUAAGGGAUGAGUUCAGACUCUUUUGUUAUUCUCUCGUUUGUUUUUGUACGCUCAACCACUAGAGUGUGAUGUCGUGGUACAUACAGAAUAAAGACUCUACAUCCAUUACGAGCCAUUCAUUGGGUCCUCAGUAGGCGUACGGUGAGAGAAGGAUAAAUAGAAAUUUAACUGUACAUUUUUAAGUGUAAGAACAAAUCAACUGAAAAUAUUUGUAAAUAUUCAGUUACUUGUUUAAUGUUUUGUUUGUUUUUCUUUUCUUUGAUUUGUUUUGUUUUUUUUUUCUGGUCGAAUGAAAUUUGAAAUACUUUGUGACCAGGACAACAGGUGCAAGUUCUAAUUCAGCCACCAGCAAAAUUGAUGAAUCUCAUUCGUUCAAUUCACUUUCUGCUGCUUCAUUUAGUUUUGAGAUCUGUGGAUGGAGAUGAUGUUUUGCUCUCAUAUUUGAGCAUAAAGAGACUGUGUAUUAUGUAGCAUAACAAUGUCACUUGAAUCAUUACAGCUAGUCAUAUUUAUACACAAGUAUGACUGGCUGUUUCAGAUACAAAGACUGCCAGUUUUCAAAUAUCUUUGAUAUGGAGUUGGACAGGAACGUCCAGUAUAUUUAAGCAAAGCAAGCACUGGAAACCAUGGUGGUUAUGAGACGUUUUUCAUCUGCCAUGAACUUGUUGUAGCAUUGAAUUCUUACCAAACGGAGGUAGAGAUUUUAUGAAAUAUCUAAAAUAGAGAAAAGUGUCGUUUUAUGGUCACAUUUGUACACUUAAGUAUACAUCUGAUUAUUUUUGAAUGAAUUAAGCAUCUAGCGGAAUAAUGCCAAAUUAUAGAUGGCAUAAAGAGCGCACGAGGAUCUUGAUAUGUCAAGUCGGAUGAUUUAAAGAUUACAGAAUAAAUGAAGCACAUGUUAUUCCUCUAAUAAAAUAAACACAUUUUACUGGGUCCUAAAGCAAAUUUACACCUGUUGCCCUGUAUUACUAUAUAUGUUCAGAAUUGGAACGCCACACCUGAUGAAGAAUAAACAUGUUAAUAAUGGAUUUUAAAAAAAAGAAUAGGUAAAAAUAUAUAAAUAAGAUGAUGAUAUUUCUCUUUAUUUAGAAGUUAUUACACACUGUAUGCUGUGACUCUGAUCUGGGGAACAUUAAAGAAAUUCAUAGCCAGAC